ACAGUCAUCUCAAUUACGUGGCGGCGAAAGGAAGUGGACGGGAGAGGUCCUCUUGAAUUUCAAAGCAAAUAAGUUAAAUUAUAUAUUUAAAUGGCAUUCUCGGUCUUAGUGACUGGAGCCAAUCGCGGUAUUGGCUUGGAGCUAACGAGACGCCUGGUAUCUCAAUCUGGAACUGAUCAAGCCAAGCAUGUAUUUGCCACUUGCAGAAAUACCGGUGAUUGUAAGGAUCUUGAUGACAUCAAGGAAAAACAUGACAACCUCCAUAUCUUAGAGCUUGAUGUGACCGACGAGGCGAGCUACCCACGCCUGGUGAAACAGGUGGAACAGGUGGUCAAGGGUGACGGCCUGAACCUGCUCAUCAACAAUGCCGGCUUCGCCAACAACCAGCCGCUGCACGAGCUCACCUCCGAACAGAUGAGGCACAUGUAUGACGUCAACUGCAUCGCGCCCAUCAUGCUCACAAAGGCGUUCCUGCCGCUGCUGCGGGCGGGGUCACACGCCAACCCGGACCUGAGCGGGGAGAUCAUGUGCUGGAAGCGCGCCGCGGUGGUCAACAUCAACUCCAGGAUGGGGUCGAUCGCCGACAACGGCAUGGGCAAGUUCUACGCCUACCGCGCCAGCAAGGCGGCGCAGAACGCAGUAACGCGCUCACUGGGGAUCGACCUGCGACCCGAGCGUAUCCUGGUGGUCAGCGUCGACCCGGGCUGGGUGCAGACGCGCAUGGGCGGGCCCAACGGCAAGAUAUCGCCGGAGGAGAGCGCGCGCCGUAUCGUCAGCACCCUGUCCAAACUGGGACCCGAGCACACGUCCACCUACAUGGACAACUUGGGCGAGCCGCUCCCGUGGUGAAGUGCGCGGCGGGAGAAGAAUUCUCCUAUUUCAUAUACCUCCACGGCCCCGACCCCAAUGGCCGGUCCUGGUUCACUCUGAGAGGUCUCAGAGGUGCCAGUGAGCAGGGCAAAUGUUAAGGUCUGAAGCUCAGGUCAGAAACAUUUGUACGAAACCGAUUAGUUAUGUCAUGGAUGAUAUAACACUGGAUUGGUGUCUCGUGGAAAUUAACAUUGGGAUCCGCGACAUUGGGAUCAGGCCUGCCAUCUAGCGACAGAUUUAUCGUAAGUUAGGAGCAAGCCGAGUGAACGCCAUCUCUCAGCAUUAUGACACACGUGGGUGUGGUGUGUUUUUUGGCUUGAAGUGCAUAUUCCCACGAGUUUGAGGUAAUCUUACUGGACCUGAAACGACAAAAAAUGUAUCAAAUGCUUGAAAGCCAAAAACGUCAAGCAGCCUUUAGGUAAUAACGAAAAUAAAAUGCGUAAGACUGUGUGUAUUGAAACGACCAGUCCCAUCGGCGACGGCUUGUACGACCUUUUAUAUGGUCAUUUACUCACAAUGGUACAGCAGUUUGACAAUAUGUCACUUACAUAAUUGGUAGGCUUAUUCCUUCUUCUCCGAAUUUCGCCCGAUUUUCUUCAUCUUAGUUAAUGUUACGGCAGUGCCACGUGCCCACUUAGGGGUGUCGAAAUUGUUCCACAUAAAGUAACUCCGCAAUGGCUGGGCCAAUUACAGUGAAACUUCGUCAAUAGUUAGGCACCCAGUGGCCAAUGCAUUUCCAUGUGUCACUAAGGGGGUGCUACUGCACGUGCGCACGUGCAGGGUGCCGCUUCCAUAUCUGAAGAACAGCUGGGCGGAUAACACUCAAACUUGGUACACAAAUGUCACAUCGAUGCUCGCACUGCAUUGGUCAGUGCUUACAUUGGUGCAGAGCUGUUAGGAAAACGAUGAAAUGAGAUGCGUGGUGUUGAUGCCUUUCUGUUCCAGCAGCUGAUUGAUUCGCAGCAGGAUAUCCUUGUUUAUGAAGGCUUCGUCUCCCUUUUCCACCCCUUGUUUAGAAUAACAUUAACAAUGUACGAAGAAAAUCACACAUCAAAGUUGUUUUAGGCGGCUAUCUUGGACCAGGGCUGCGAAGUUGUGGUCAGAGCCAGCGGUUCUGUUCCGACUCGGAGUCGGUUGAUUUUUAAAAGCUGUAGUCGGAGUAUGAGUCAAACGUCACCGAAAAGUCAUCGACUCCACAGACUUACCAGGGCUGCAGAGUCGGAGUCAUAGUCGGAGUCUGUGUGAAUCGACAUUUCUGCCCGGAGGAGUCGGAGUCGAUAUUUGGAUACCGGAAUCGGAGUUGAGCCAAAGUCACUGAAAUUUCAUCGACUACGCAGCACUGGUUGGGUCCUUUUCAUAGAGCGUCUUGAAUGGCAUAUUGAACGGCAAUGACGUUAGUAAUUCCGUUUAAGCUUUUUCAUUAGACUUAUAGAUAGUAAUUACGUUCGUUUUGUUCUUUGAUCGGACAAUUUGUUUGAUUUAGGCCAAGCUAAAGACUCGUGUGAAAAAUAGCGAAAACGACACGUGCUGGCGAAGUCUCCAAUAACUCCCUGUUUCACGAUUUAAUGAGGAAAUAACAUGGAACUGCUUAUCUUAUUACUGACCCUGCACAUAAAUCUAUUAAUUUCUUCGCUUUUUCUGACAUAUAAAGACAUAACCUUUUGAAAAAUUGCAAAACAAGCCUGCUACUACACCACACUCCCGUGUGUCACAAUGCUAAUCAGCGGCGUUCACUCGGCUUGCUCCUAACUUACGAUAAUUCUCCCGCUAGAUGGCAGGCCUGAGCUCAAUGUCGCCAAAAACUGCGAAGACACCAAUCCAUUAUUUUCUCAUCCAUGGUUAUGUGAUGUCCUUUAGUCCGUUGUUUUAUGUUACGUGAAGAAAGAAUCGAAAUACUGUAUUUUAUCGCUGAGCUUACUGGUCUAGACGUGAAGUAUAUUCUGAUUUUUUUCUAGUAUGUUUAUGCACAAUUUUCAGAGUCUCUAUUGCCCUUCCCAUAUCAACCAAAUCGUCUCCAUGUUUUCAAACACUUCACUCAUGUGUCGUACGUGAACUAAAAUAAAUAUGCUUCGUAUUAAAA